AUGAUAUUCCUGCCAUUGUCCUUCAUCUCGUCGUUCUUCGGCAUGAACUUCUCGGACAUUCGGGACAUGGACAACACCUCGCGCCUGUUCUGGAUAGUAGCCGGAUCUUUGACUGUCGGCACUGUGGCUUUUAGCGUGUUCCUAGCUUUCUAUGGCGGAGCCAUUGUUGAGUGGUUCGUGACCUGGCGGGAGUAUCGGCAGCGGAGACUGAAGAAGAGAAUCGCGGGGAAGAAGAGGAGGCUUGAAAUCCGACAGAAGCAAGAAGACCGAUUGGCUAACUUUGAGAUAAAGCUCGCGCGCGAAAAUCUGGUCAGUUUCAAAGAUCGAACGACACCAAUUGAAGGCAACAUGCUGGCUCUCGACUUUCCCGACUCCGCAUUCGAUGCUGUCACGGGAUUUCAGAGUAUCAUACAUUUGCCGCGCGAAGAGCAGACGCAGCUCAUGAAGAAGAUUGCGGGCUGGCUGAAGCCUGGCGGGUACUUUCUCGCAAACUUUUCUGCGGUCGAGUUGGAGAAACUUGAGGUCGAUAGAUGGCUGGAUCAUGAAAAGGGUUGGAUGUUUUGGAGCGGAUGA